AUGGCCACAUGUGAACAGCAGCUCCCUGGUGGAUCCAUAUGGAAAGAGACAGCCUCCUAUGCGAUUGUUUCCAAAGGAGGGGAGGUAUUGGAGGCCCAGCGCCUCCCUAAGGGAACAAUGUCCCCAAAGGCCGAACUACUGGCCCUCAUUAGGUCCCUCUACUUGGCAAAAGGGAAAAGGGUCCCAGAUUCAACUCCUCAGUAUUCCCCGUCUGAAAAAACUCUUCUCUAUGAGAAGGGUGGCAGGGAUGGAGAACAGGGAUGGAUCCUUGUGGGAAAUAAGUUGGCCUUGCCUCUGGCCCAGACUACAACCUUCAUUCAGCAGGUUCAUGCCACACUUCAUAUUGGGCCCAAGGCCCCGGCCGGGGCGGGCGGCGGCCGGCUGGGUUCCCCGGCCCCGGAAAAAUCUAAUAAAGAAAAUACUGAGAAAGAUAUCAAUCAAGCUACCAAAAGCUACUUCACACAUGGAGAGAUGCAAGAGCAGUCCAUUUGGGGAAAUUCUUCAGAUGGUGAACUCAUCAGAACCCAACCCCAGCGUCUGCCUGAGCCACAGACUUCAGUUCAGGAACCCAGUGAGGAAGAAACAGGCAAGAUAAAGAAUGGCGGCCACGCAAAUCUGAGUAAUGGAAAUGGAAUUCACCAUGGGACCAAACAUUCCUCCACAGAUCAUCGCAAACUUUCAGCUCCUGUUUCUCAGAAAAUGCAUAGAAAAAUACAGUCCAGCUUGUCUGUAAACAAUGAUGUCAGUAAGAAGAGUAAAGUAAAUGCUGUCUUUUCCCAAAAGACAGGCUCUUCACCUGAAGACUGUUGUGUCCACUGUAUCCUGGCAUGCUUGUUCUGUGAAUUCCUGACCCUCUGCAAUAUUGUCCUGGGACAAGCUUCUUGUGGGAUCUGCUCCUCGGAAGCCUGCUGCUGUUGCUGUGGCGAUGAGAUGGGGGACGACUGUAACUGUCCUUGUGACAUGGACUGUGGCAUCAUGGAUGCCUGUUGUGAAUCAUCAGACUGUCUGGAAAUCUGUAUGGAAUGCUGUGGAAUUUGUUUCCCUUCAUAAGUAUUUAUCCUUCGUUUGUGUUCAAACUGGAGAAUGUUUAAUUUUUUUUCCUUUAAAGGGGGAGAAAUUCUCAUGAAGCAAUUCAGUAUUUGCACUGUGCAGUCAUUAUAUUAAGUAGUCUCUGAAAGCCUUCCCUCCCCUCACAAAUCCAUAUGGUUUAAUAUGUGAAAAGCUAACUAGCUUGUAUUAACCAAGGGACAUGUUAAAAGGCUCCUCUUUUUCUGUUGAUAUUUCUGUUUCGUCUAAGCUUUUUCAGGAGCCAUGUACUCCAAAUAUAUUAUUUCUUAGUGAGUAUUAAUCCCAACCAUUUAUUUUUCGUUACUUAUCUAUUAGAAGCUAAAAUUAAACAUUAUUUUCAGUAAACUUUGGCAAACAGACACACCAUCGCUGGGCAGCACUUGUUCAGCAGAUGUUGAAUGUCUGCUUUGGGUGCGGUGUUGCCCAGGCCAUGUAAGGGACAGCAUCUCUUUCCCAUCUAUAGUUCUCCGCAGUAUGCACUGCAGCAGACAAUGAACUAUCUCAUAAGGCAUACUGAAAUGAACAUUGUAUUAGGAGAAACGUAAAAUACCACAGGAAAAAAAAAACAAGAGAAUUACCAGAAUACAAAACAAGGCUUGAACAAGAUGUGGCAUUCUAGGCAACCUCUUAGGAUGGCUAAUUGAUCUGCUACUAGAAUAAGUUAUUUAGGUUUAAGAUUGUCUUCUCAUGGACAGUCUGAACUGUGUGUUCUUUAUAGUUAAAAGAAACAUGUCUUUGUAAACUUGCCUUUUAGUUGUAACAAUACAACAUAAAUAUUAUGCUAUAUUUUUUAUGAAAACAUACUACCUAAUUAACAUAUAGUCCUCAAAAACUUUUGACAAACUAAAUUGGAUUUUUUAAAAUACCGAAACACAGGUAUCCUGAUUUCAACUUUUCAAAGGCUUUCUUUUGUUUUGUAAAAUGUAGGUGGUUUUGGAGAAGGGUGUGGCUUGUAUGUUUUGGUUUGUUUCUUACUCAGUGCUAUAUAUCAUAAGCACAUUGAUUUCUAGUGCAGAAAACCUGGGAUUUUAGUGCAGAGAAGCUCACAAAUUCCCUGCUGUGACCAAAUUUUAGUGUUAUAAUUCUCUGUCAAACUUGGCCUAUGUGGCAGGUUAUCAAGAUCCCCAAGUAUGAAGAAGAAGUAUGUCAGUUAUAAGAUUUAUAUACAUAUAUAUAUAUAUGCUUUGCAUAUAUAUAAUAUAGUAUAUAUAUAUAUAUAUAGUAAUUGGAGUAAUAGAUAUUGUGUCACUCAAUUGGAAGGCAGAAUACUUUCAAACUAUGCAUUCUCCUGAGGUUGAACAUUCCCAAAAUUGUACUUUAGUUUACUUCAAUAUGACCCUUUUAGAAGUUUGAAAGUAUACAGUGUGAGUCGUACUUAUUACUAGUUUUAUUUAACUGAAUAUCAAGUAGAUAAUAACAACAUUAACAGCACAUUUUAGGAAGCCUUUAGCAAAUCUAGGCUUUUAAGAGAGCUAGACAUUUUUUUAAUCCUGUGUCAUGACAAUGUUACCUAUAGCUUUCCUUUGAGACAAAGCCUAGUUUUGAAUUAUGUUAUUUAUUUAAAAGGUUUGAAAAAAGAAAGAAAAACAGCAAACUCUCGAAACUUUUAGUGCUAUUUGCAUACACACAACUUUUACAUUGUUAGGAUGUUAAAAUGUAGCUGUUUCCCUCAUUUUUCCCUAGAGUUUUAAUUAUUAUAUUAGAUAUAAAAAUCUGAAUAUAAUUCUAUCUAUCAUGAGUUAACUUAAGCUUGUACAUUAGAGUAAGAAUCGCAUCUGUUUAUAAUGUAAGCCUCUUAGUGAUCUGGAAUUCUUAGAAUAUUUGACUUUUAAUCCUAUACCAUUUUUCAACCAAGUGAUCUCUCUGACUUUUAAAUGUAUCCUGCUACUACUUGUAAUGAACAUAUUGACACAUUUGAAGUGUUUCUCUGUAGCAGAGGAUGUCUUGGAGACCAGUGAUGUUUUCUGAUGUCUGUAUUUGUUUUUUCCCCUCAGUUGUCUAUUCCAGGCAGUCAUUCCGUGAAGCAUUUUGUAUAAUUCAGAAGGAAAUAGAAGAAGGAAUCGGGGUAGCAGAGUAGGCAAAUGUGAAAAGAUAUUCAAUAUGUUUUAGAAUUUCUGUAUUUACAAUGUUUUGUUGAAUUAUAUUACCAUCCUUAUUAAGCACUGUAAUUGAGCUAGGUAUUUGGUCUCUUUUUAAAUGUGGAAAAUUAAUCUUAAAUAUUUUUAAACUGGACCUGUAUUAUCCUGAAUAUUGUAAAAUUAAACAAUGCCUUCUUUAUUGUACUUUAGCCUACUUUCAUACUUAAGGGCUAUGUGACUUUAUAUUUGGAUGACUUCUACUAUAACUAAGAUUGACAUUUUGCUUGUUAUAUCCCUUUCUGAAGACUUCCUUGUUUCCUAUAUAAAUCAUUUGACACAUGGCCACAUAUGGACUUUAAAGAUACAGAAAAUUGGCUAACACAAGUCAUGAUAUCAAAAUACAGUGCUCUUGUAAAAACUCA